CCUUAGCAAGGUGGUAAAGGAGCAGCGUUAUUGCAGCAAGCGUCAAUUUUAUUGAUAGUGGGAAGAAAAUUAACGAAUAAAUUAAGUCGCGGUUUGAACACAGCAAUGUCUCCGACAAGAGGGAUAACACUCACGAAUUUAAGGUGUGGUCUUUUUAUACACCUUCACCUCUAAAGACACAGAUGUGGAGCACUUUGGGGGGUUAUAUAACAACAUGCUCCAAAAGCAGAUAAAUUCAGAUUCUGAUUUCUUCACUGUUACAGAAAGAGAGAUUAGGUAAAGUAUACAAUGGCUUCCAGGAGAUUUGUGAGCCUUCUCUCCAGAAGAAGUGAGUGGGCACCCCGCUUCCAAAAUCCUGGCAAAACUGUUUGCAAGCAUUCCACUCAUCAGCACGCAAGAAACCAAAGGCUUCUUCAUACGGGUAAACAGGUCAUGAUGAUGAAGUUGCUGUCGGUGGAUGAGCUAUUCGCCAAAACAUCCCUGCAGGAGCACCUGAACAAGGUGGAAAAAGAGUAUGACGAGUGUUUACAGGCAGUCAAUUACAGUGGCGCAGAAGAUGAGCGCAGUGAAAAUGACAUGAAGACCAAGAGAACCAAAGUAUCCCUGCUGGCUCCUCUCAUCCAGAGCAUCCGAGAUCUGGACAAGAAGCAAAAAGAGGUCACGGACAUGGAGACGCUCCUCAAAGAUGAUGAUGCGUCACUACGAGAACUGGCUGAGCUGGAAAAAGAAAGCUGCCUGCGGGAUAUUCAAAAUCUGAGACAAAAGGUUUUGGAGCUACUGAUCCCCAAGGAGGAGGUCGACAUGAGCGACCUCGUUCUGGAAGUCACAGCUGGGGUCGGUGGUCAGGAGGCCAUGCUGUUCACCGCUGAGAUGUUUGACAUGUACGAGGGCUUCGCUCAGUACCACGGCUGGUCCUUCGAUGUACUGGAGCACAUGUCAAGUGAUUUAGGCGGACUGCGGCACGCGUCAGCCAGCAUCAGCGGCCCGCACAGCUACAAGAAGAUGAAGUUUGAGGCCGGAGUUCAUCGAGUUCAGAGGGUUCCCAAGACUGAAAAACAGGGAAGGAUGCACACCAGCACCAUGACUGUGGCUGUGCUGCCCCAACCAACUGAGAUUUCUUUCACCAUAAACCCAAAGGAUCUGAGGAUAGAGACGAAACGAGCGAGUGGAGCUGGUGGUCAACACGUCAACACAACAGACAGCGCAGUCAGAAUAGUCCAUCUUCCAACAGGAUUGGUUGCAGAGUGCCAACAGGAGCGUUCCCAGCUGAAGAACCGGGAGAAAGCCAUGAAGGCUCUGACAGCAAAACUGUACAGCAUGAAGCUGGAGGAAGAGACCAGCAAGCGCUACAACCAACGCAAAGUCCAAGUCGGCACCAAAGGCAGAGCGGAAAAGAUCCGGACCUACAACUACGCUCAGGACCGCGUGACAGACCACCGCAUCAGCAUGACGAUGCACAACGUCAGGGACUUCCUGUUGGGGGGGGACCUGUUGAACGAGAUGAACUCCUCGCUGCAGGAAUUCUCCAAUCAGGAGACGCUCAUGGAGCUGCUGGAAGAGUGCAAUCAGGAACCAUAAGUACAGCCACAGAUGGAGAGGAAAUGUUUUAAUGCAACAUUGGGAUAUUGAUCACUUGCACUCCACCUUGAAUUCUCAUUAUUAUUUGCCACUGUGCAAUGAACUGAAGUUGAAGUAGCUUCUUCAAAUUGAAAGACUUUAGACCUUGACUACAUGGAUUUGUACAAGUGAAAAGUUAUAAUUUUUUGAAGGCUUGUCAUGAUUUUACUUUCAAGUUUUUCAAAUUGUCUACUAGGUAAGUGACAGUGGUAGAUGUUGUUUUGACUUCAUAAUUAUGAAAUACUGAGUGAAGGAUGAAACUCGGUUUCUUGGCAGAACAAAUGUAACAUGAUUUGAUAAAAGGUCCCCUUCAGUGUA